UUCGAUGGGGCGGACAUUUGCGAUAACUUUAAUAAUCUUACAAACUAUCAACACCAAACAUGUGUUUGUAUUAAAGUGCGAUCCAACACUACAAUUAAAGCAAUCCCGAUCGCGCUAAUUACCUAUGUGUGCAUGAUAUCAAAGAAGUGUUAAUUAAUGAGAAACGAUUAAAGCAAUCUCGAUCGCGCUAUUUACCUCUGUUUGCAUGAUAUCAAAGAAGAGUUAAUUAAUGAGAAACAAUUAAAGCAAUCUCGAUCGCGCUAUUUACCUCUGUUUGCAUGAUAUCAAAGAAGAGAUAAUUAACGAGAAAAAUGUGACGUACUUUUGCUCAAAAUACAAACUAAGAACACGGGACUCAUAUAAUGGACGUAUUUCCUAUCACAAAUUACAACUCACAAUUCACUUCCACGAAGCAACAUGGAAUUCAUUACGAGUAGUAGAGGCGCACCAAAGCUUUGCUUUGAUAGUUUUACGUACACGAAGAAGAAAAGCAGCAAGACCACCAUCACCUGGGAGUGCUCACAGAGACGCACCUUGGAAUGCAAAGGAGCAGUUAUUACUGACAGUCCAGCCACAGAGAUUCGUUCCUCACGAGAGCACAACCACGAGAAAGACGACUCCCAUGUCGGUGGUUUAAAGGUCCGGAAAGAAAUCCAGCUCAGCGUUCAGGCGAACAGAGGGUGGCCAGGUCAGAUCAUCGCCGACAAGAUGUUCUCUCAACCUGUCGAGGUUAGAGUUGCUGCCGGAACAACCGAGACAAUCAAAAGAGGUAUAAGACGAAAGAGAGCCGGUGAUGCACCUAACAACCCCGAGAAGCUGGAUGCCAUUCCGUCUCCACUACCAGAGAGUUACACCCACCAAUUAGUAUAUGACAACGACAGUGGAUCUGACCGGGUACUGGUAUCUGUCAGAUCGCAGACCGGUGGCCUCAUCUUCCGACGCACUCAACCAAGGUUCGAGCCAGCCACUUGGAACGUCAACACAGCCACUUUGAACGACGAGGCCAGGACCAACAACGUGUGUGAAGCCUGGAACAAUGGGUUCCGGUGUCUCGUCGGCCACGUCAAUCCCUCGCUUUGGACUGUCAUCUCCUGCUUCGAGAAGGACGCUGCAAUGGUGGAAGCAGAGAUCCUCCGUGUCCAGAGAGGCCAGCCAUCAAAGAAGCCAGCGAGGAAGGGAACAGUACGAUACCAGAAGACGUUGAAGACCCUGUGCCAGCAGUUAUCCAAUGGACAGAAGACGGUCGAAGAGUUUCUGCAGGCCAUUGGGGGUCACAUCCGACUGCGUUAGGACUGAACAUCUGUAAUGUACCUGUAAUAUGAUAUGAUGAAUGUGCUAAAAUGAAUGUGCUAUUUUGAUCUUGAUUAGUGAAUUACUUAUCAUACCAUUCAGAGAACAGAA